UUCCCCUGCAGUUCUGCUUUAGUAUCCUCUGCACCAGGCUUUUAAAUGGCAUUUAUUUAUGGGACAGACGCCCUCCUCCUUGGCUGCAGGAUCUGCCUCUGGAUUGCUGCAGGGACAGUUUGCCAGUGCAAAGCUUAUAUUUAUAUUAUAUUAUAUUUGACCUUUCUUUGCUUCGAGAACCCCAAAGCCCAGGACAGACAGACAUGGGCUGGGUCCCACGGCAGAUAGAGGCAUUGGCCCUUCCUUGUUGCCUACAUCCAUAGGAGGAAGGACAGCUCUUCUCCCCACUGGAGUGGCUGCUGGAGUCAUACCUAGCAGUUUAUUCCAAUUCCUAAAAAAUCAGUUUGUUCCAGUUCCCAGACCCUGGCAGGGUUUGAUCCUGCCAGCACGGGUCACACCAGGACACUGCUUGUGUACUUUGCUUGUACAAUGUGGGAGCUGGAAAAGAGUGGAUGGAAGUUGUGUCUUCUGAGAAAUAAGCCCCAAGCAUCAGGCAAAGCACUCUCUGUGGGGAGGGGAGCUGGGAGGGGAGCAGAGCUUGUGCCUGGCACCCCUAAGCUUCCCCAUGGCAGGUGCCAGGGGUUCUGCCCCACUGACUCUGGGGCUGUGCAGGCUGCAGGGGCUGCCCAUGGCUCUGACCCUGCUUGUGGGGGCCUGGCCCGAAUUCUCUCCAAAGCUGGGCUAGAAAAACCCCUGGCAAAGCCUCACUGGUGGCUGUGUCCAGGUCCACACCCCGCAGGCAGUGGCUGCCUCCUCUACUGCUUCCCUGCUUCUGUGUUCUUAUCAGAGAUAGUCUCCUCCCUGGUUGUCUCCACCUCCCUUUUCCCUCCUGCCAUGCAUGAUAUAGCCUAAAUAUUUCCUUCCAUAGCUUCAGGACACUGCUGGGUAUCCUGCCAUCUUUGGAGACUGCAAAUAAUUCCCUUCCUUCAUUUAUAUCAUUACCUUGAAGGUAUUUAUAGAGUGUGAUCUUGAGUGGAAAGGAAGGCUAUAUAUAAACUAUUUGACUAUAUAUAAAGCCGAGAUCCCUUGGUCCUUAGCUGCAAACUGCCUGAAACUGCUCCUGAUUUAGGCUUUUAUCCUGUUUGCUGCAUGUUUUGGACUUCAAAGGUACAUGUUCAGCAAUUAAAUCCCCAUCCUGGGCCAGCAGUGAUGCAGCUGUGGGUUCUCCAAAUUUCUGCUGUCACAGUAAGCCGAGCACGUGGGCAUUUGUCUGUGUCUUGUUUUCUCCUGUCCAUGCCCUGGUACAAACUCUCAUGCAGGAGGAAACGUGUCUGGGUGGGACUGAGCUACAUCCCACAGUGGGUGCCUGGCUCUGGAGCUGCUGCACUCCCGACCACAGGUCCAGGCUCCAUGCCCAGCAUCCUCGCUCCACAUUCCCAGGGCUAAGCGUGCUUCCACUGCUCCCAGAGCAUGUCCUGGCAGCUCCACUCCUGGUGUGGCACUGGCUGCUGUGGCCACGCAGGAGGUGGCUCAGAGCCAUGGAGGGGUGAGGCUAUCCCAGGGCAAGGGCAGGAUGGCCAGACCUCCCGGCAGCUGACGCUUGAACAGACUCCAGAGGUUGUUUCGUUUCCUGGUGGGCAGGCAUCUGUCACCCAGGCCCUGGGGAGCAACUCCUGCUUAAUAUUUGUAACAGCAAUAAUUGUACCGAUAAUCACAGAGGUGUGUGUGUCUCCUCCAGCCCGGGACCAUGGGGAGCAGCAAGAGCAAGCCCAAAGACCCGAGCCAGCGCCGGCGCAGCCUGGAGCCCACCGACAACACCCACCACGGGGGGUACCCGGCCUCGCAGACGCCCAGCAAGGCGGCGGCCCCCGACGCCCACCGCACCCCCAGCCGCUGCUUCGGCACCGUGGCUGCCGAGUCCAAGCUCUUUGGAGGCUUCAACAGCUCUGACACGGUCACCUCUCCGCAGCGUGCCGGGGCGCUGGCUGGUGGAGUCACCACCUUCGUGGCCCUCUAUGACUACGAGUCCCGGACUGAAACGGACUUGUCCUUCAAGAAAGGAGAGCGCCUGCAGAUUGUCAACAACACGAGGAAAGUGGAUGUCAGGGAAGGUGACUGGUGGCUGGCUCAUUCCCUCACUACAGGACAGACGGGCUACAUCCCCAGUAACUAUGUCGCGCCCUCAGACUCCAUCCAGGCUGAAGAGUGGUAUUUUGGGAAGAUCACUCGCCGGGAGUCCGAGCGGCUGCUGCUCAACCCCGAAAACCCCCGAGGGACCUUCCUGGUCCGGGAGAGCGAGACCACGAAAGGUGCCUACUGCCUCUCUGUCUCCGACUUCGACAACGCCAAGGGCCUCAACGUGAAGCACUACAAGAUCCGCAAGCUGGACAGCGGCGGCUUCUACAUCACCUCCCGCACCCAGUUCAACAGCCUGCAGCAGCUGGUGGCCUACUACUCCAAACAUGCUGAUGGUUUGUGCCACCGUCUCACCAACGUCUGCCCCACAUCCAAGCCCCAGACCCAAGGCCUUGCCAAGGACGCCUGGGAAAUCCCCCGGGAAUCGCUGCGGCUGGAGGUCAAGCUGGGACAGGGCUGCUUCGGAGAGGUGUGGAUGGGGACCUGGAAUGGCACCACCCGGGUGGCCAUCAAGACACUGAAGCCUGGCACCAUGUCCCCAGAGGCCUUCCUGCAGGAAGCCCAGGUCAUGAAGAAGCUCCGGCACGAGAAGCUGGUUCAGCUCUACGCUGUGGUUUCAGAGGAGCCCAUUUACAUUGUCACCGAGUACAUGAGCAAGGGGAGCCUCCUGGACUUCCUGAAGGGUGAGAUGGGCAAGUACCUGCGGCUGCCCCAGCUCGUGGAUAUGGCGGCUCAGAUCGCAUCCGGCAUGGCCUACGUGGAGAGGAUGAACUACGUGCACCGGGACCUGCGGGCAGCCAACAUCCUCGUGGGGGAGAACCUGGUGUGCAAAGUGGCCGACUUCGGCUUGGCACGGCUCAUCGAGGACAACGAGUACACCGCUCGGCAAGGUGCAAAGUUCCCCAUCAAGUGGACGGCCCCUGAAGCAGCUCUGUAUGGAAGGUUUACCAUCAAGUCAGACGUCUGGUCCUUUGGCAUCCUCUUGACCGAGCUGACCACCAAGGGCAGAGUGCCGUACCCAGGGAUGGUGAACCGGGAGGUGCUGGAUCAGGUGGAGCGAGGGUACCGCAUGCCCUGCCCACCCGAGUGCCCAGAGUCCCUGCACGACCUCAUGUGCCAGUGCUGGCGGAAGGACCCGGAGGAGCGACCCACCUUCGAGUACCUGCAGGCUUUCCUGGAGGACUACUUCACCUCGACAGAGCCCCAGUACCAGCCCGGCGAGAACCUAUAG